GCCACUAAACACUUUCCAAUGGAUUCCAAGAACGAUGAAGCACUGGACAUCAUUGUUACGAAUGUUGUGGCAACUUUCAGGACCAGAUGUCACCUCAACCUUCGCAAAAUUGCUUUAGAAGGAACCAACGUCAUCUAUAAGCCAGAAAUGGGGAAAGUGCUGAUGAAACUACGGAAGCCCAAGAUAACCGCUUCAAUUUGGUCCUCAGGGAAAAUAAUCUGCACUGGAGCAACUAGUGAGGAAGAGGCAAAGCUUGGUGCUCGCAGGUUAGCUCGCUGUCUCCAGAAACUUGGCUUUAAGGUGAGAUUCUCAGCUUUCAGAGUUGUGAACGUGCUCGCAGUGUGCUCCAUGCCGUUCGCAGUGCAUCUUAUAAACUUUACAACUAACAACCGGCCCAUUGCCAGCUAUGAACCUGAGCUCCAUCCUGCUGCUACUUAUCGAAUCAAAAAUCUGAAGGCUACAGUCCAGGUGUUUUCUACGGGCAGCCUCACAGUGACAGGACCAAAUGUGCAGAACGUCGCAGCUGCUGUGGAACACAUCUAUCCAAUACUGUAUGAGUGUCAGAAGCCCCGCUGCAAAUAAACAGUACAGAGGGAAUCCAUGCGAGUAGCACCUUUAUCCAUGGACGGAUAAAAGCAGCGGACAGACUGGACGGGAACUGGACUCGUUUAACGCUUAUUGGAGUUGGAGAAAGAUAAUUACUAUGGGUGUCUUUCUGCAUGGACACAGGAAAAAAAAUCUUGACAGAUACAUCAUAUUAUACACAAGUUCUCCCUUUGUGUUUUAUCGAUGGAAAAUCUCCGUCCUUCUAUAGAGACAAGACAUCCAUCCUAUAAUGUACCAUUUUUGUUGAAGCCAACACAUUCAAACAACACAUAGGAAUGUAUACAAAUUUAGAUGAGAUUCUAAAUGCAUCCUUUCUUAGGUUUUCCUUUUUAACAUUUGGUUAUCUGCCCUUUGUU